UCCUAAGCUUGACAUGGAAGCAAUAUGAACGAAAGAUCUCUCUGCCUUUUUUUCAUGUAUAAAUACUACUGCAUGCACAUCCAAAAUGCACAUAUUAACAGAAUCUUCAAGAGGUCCUCAUCACCUGUUAGUAGCUUCCACUGCAUUGGAAGAUAAUAUGGAGAUCACACCUCCACAUUAUUUUGAUGACUUGAUGUCAAUCCUGAAAGAUAGUAGUCAAGGAAUAACAACCAUAGAAGUUGGCGAAGAAAGACCCCGGAUACAGGAGGUUCCAACACUUCUUCGCGAGGUUACAAAAAACAGAGAUUGCUAUGAUCCAAGGCUGGUCUCCUUUGGUCCUUACCACCAUUGCAACCAAAAGCUUCAGCUAGGACAGGUCCUCAAAACUAGAGUUGUGCGGCAAUUCUUCAUUUCCCUCAGAGAGGCUCAAUCAGGUAAAAGUGUCGUCAAAGAUUUCUUUGAGGAGGAACUCGAUCAGGUAGCCCAUGAGGCACGAGACUGUUAUGCCACUGGAUCAACAGAUAAGAUCAAUGACCAAGAUUUCAAACGCUUGGUGUUCUUUGACGGUUGUUUCAUUGUGUAUUUCAUUUAUUGCAUUGUGAAAGACAAACAGGUUGAUCUGAGGAUGAAGAAUGACCAUAUCGCUUUCGUGACAAUGGACUUGUUCUUGCUCGAGAAUCAACUGCCUUAUAUGGUUCUAAAAGCAUUAGUGACCAACUUCCUGCCCCAAGAUGGUACAUAUAUCUUUGAUAAGUUCAUGGAACUACAAACUGAAGCAAUAGGCAGCACAUCCACAAGCAAGCCUAGGUAUCAGAAGGUUCGUCAUUUUUUUAAUACCCCCACACCCGCAGCCACCUUACCCUCUUCUUCCCUGCAAGCUCAAAAGGAACCACAUCAUCUCCUUGACCUUCUCCGAACGAGAUACCUUACCACAUCUCAACCCAGCAGGUCUCAAAUAGAUGUACCUCACAACAAUGGUGACAAUUGGCAAUCGUUCCGUUCAGUCCAAGAGCUUAAAGCCACAGGGAUCAAAUGCAGUUGCACAAGAACUUGCUGCAUAAGGGAUGUUGAAUUCCAAUCACACUUAAUUAAUGGAGACCUAUCACUUCCAGCAUUAGUUAUUGAUGACUCCACCAAGACCAAGUGGUUAAACUUGAUAGCCUAUGAAGCAUGCCCUGAUUUCUCAAAUGAUUUUGACUUCACCUCCUUUGUCUGUUUCAUGGAUUCGCUCAUCGAUCAUGCAGAAGAUGUGGGAGAGCUGCGAUCAGAGGGUAUACUCCUCAAUAGCCUUGGCAGUGACCAGAAAGUGGCUGAGCUUUUCAAUGAUCUUACUAUUGACUUGACACCAAACCCCAGUGCAUACAAGGAAGUUAAGCAUCGCAUUGAAAAGCAUUACAAGAACAAGUGGAGUGUUUGGAUAGCUGAAGCAUGGCGAACUAAUUUCAGGACACCAUGGACUACAACUGCUUUCUUUGCUGCGCUAUUUGUCAUCAUUCUCACGUUCCUUCAGACCAUUCUCACAGGUGUUCAGACCUACUACCAACUACCAAGUAGUCAAUCACACCACUGAUGACGCUCUAGUUUCAUGCUCCCAUGGCCUUCUCCAAAAUUUACCUUCUCUUCUUCCUACCAAGGAUGCAACAAGCACCAUGAUGAGCUUUACCACGAGCUUGGUUUGGCAUGAGAUUAAUUACUUUUUAUUUAGUGUGAAACCCUUCAUGUAGGUUUUCUGUACUUGCGUGUUCUCAAAUAUUAAAGGUUGCAACAUUGUACUGUGGGGGUACAGGAUUAUGUGUACUAGAGUUGUUUUUGCUUUAUUUGUUUCCUGGUUAGGUUAGAACUUUGUUUCCUAAUCA